UAUCCACACAGAAUCUCAAUGUUUGAAAUAAAGACUAUUUUCUGUCGUCGACGUGCGACUGGUCUCUUCUUUUCGUAACUAAUUUGAUAAAAAUGCCUCGGGAUAGGAGUGAAGGUCAGCAUCAUUCACAUCAUCGUCGUGAAAGGGGAGACAAUAGGAGAUCAUAUUAUGAGAGUCAGAGAGAAAGGAGUUCAUAUUCAGAACAUUCUUCAAGAGAUGAUCACAGCAAACGGCAUUCUUAUCAUAGGCAUAGAUCUGACUCAAGUAAGUCACAUUAUGAUGACUCUAGGCAUGGGCAUAAAGACAGACUGAAAACUAAGGAGUCUUUGAGGGACAGUCCAGAGCGCCGUCAUGAAAGGAGACAUGGCCGAGCCUCAGAGCUACAGAAGCCAUCUUGGAAUUACUAUGGUUACACAUCAGAUGAUCUCAAGGAUGCGGAAACACUUCACAAGGACAGAGACACAACGGAGACCUCAACAGGUACACAGGCAUCAGUUUCAUUCCCAGGCAGUUCAUCAAAGCAGACUAAGGAACAGUAUCAAGAUCUUACUCAGAAGGUGAAGCAUGCAGAAAAAAAAAGAGCGAAGGAGCAAUUAAAGUCAGAAAUGGAGACCUCUUCAACUUCAGGGUUAUUUGACUGGGAUUCUCACCGCUAUGAGCUUGAUAAACUCUUCUUUGAUGAUGAUGGUGUCUUUAAAAGGGGUAGUUCUGAUUAUGCUGACUUUUGGUCGUUUUUUGAGCGGUACCAGUCAUUUCAGAGCAAGAAGCUAACAAGAACAGGUGGGCAGAAAGCGAAACAAACAGAAGUUGACAAGCAUACCAAGACCGGGAAGCUGAAACUCCCUCGGACUUAUGACAAGAGACACCGCAUUAACCUGGAUCUAACUGUCCCUAGCAAACACACUUUGAAAUCAUACAGUCAUGUAGCAGCAAGUGGAGAAGAAAGGGAUGAGUUGACAUCAGAGAGAGUGUUAGAGUUUAAGAAGGUUCUUCUGCUUUACUUGGAUUUCAAUCAGAAACAACAGUUCAACAAAGUGGUGAAGCUUCGUAAGGAUCAGUCUAAUCUCCCUAUAGCAAGGUACAAAGAAACCAUAGUGGAAGCUGUUAGAAAGAACAGUGUUGUCAUUGUUGCAGGAGAUACAGGUUGCGGCAAAUCUACACAGGUACCUCAGUAUCUUAUGAGUGCAGGCUUUGACUCAGUUGCUGUGACACAACCAAGACGUAUUGCUUGCAUCUCAUUAGCUAAAAGGGUCGGAUAUGAAACACUUCACGAGUAUGGCUCUCAGGUUGGAUACCAAAUCAGAUUUGAGACAACCAAGACACAGGCCACAAAACUUCUUUUUCUUACUGAAGGUCUCCUUUUACGUCAACUCCAGCUUGAUCCAGUCCUCUCCCAGUACCAUGUCCUCAUCUUGGAUGAAGUUCAUGAACGUCAUCUCCACGGUGAUUUCCUCCUUGGUGUCCUCCGGUGUAUGAUGGAGCAAAGGGAUGAUCUCAAGCUGGUUCUCAUGUCGGCAACCAUCAACAUCAAUCUAUUCUCAAAUUACUUCAAGGAUGCCCCAGUCAUUCAGGUUCCAGGACGGCUGUAUCCCAUUCAGGUGGAGUAUGUACCUAUCAAUGAAUCGGAGCAGAGCAGUAAGUCAGAAAGACUGGAUCCCAGGCCCUAUCUCCGUAUCAUGCAGCGUAUAGACCACAAAUACCCUGACACCGAGAGAGGAGAUUUACUAGUCUUUCUAAGUGGUAUGUCAGAGAUCACCAGUGUAGUAGAAGCAGCCAGAAUGUAUGCUAGUCAAACAAAGAGAUGGAUUGUCCUUCCACUUCACAGCUCACUCUCAGUCGCUGAACAAGAUAAGGCCUUUGAUAUAGCACCUGAGGGAGUGAGGAAAUGCAUUGUAUCAACAAAUAUUGCAGAGACUUCUGUCACAAUCGAUGGAGUAAGAUUUAUUGUGGAUUCAGGAAAGGUGAAAGAGAUGAAUUAUAACUCACAGGCUAAGAUGCAGCAGCUUCAGGAGUUUUGGAUCAGUCGAGCUAGCUCAGAGCAGCGGAAAGGGAGAGCAGGGCGUACUGGUCCUGGCGUGUGUUUCCGGCUGUAUGCAGAGUCGGACUAUGAUGCUUUCCAGGCCUACUCCACACCAGAAAUACAAAGGGUUCCUCUGGACUCGCUACUACUUCAGAUGGUCGCUCUCGGUCUUAAAAACCCCAGAGAGUUUCCUUUCAUCGAGGCCCCUCCUGCCUCCAGCAUAGAGAACUCUAUCGUGUUUUUGAAGGAGCAAGGAGCCCUGUCUGAGAAGGAGACUCUUACUCCUGUUGGUCGUAUGCUAUCUCAGCUCCCUGUUGAUGUUGUCAUUGGCAAGAUGCUUAUCAUGGGUACUAUCUUCAAGAUGAUUGACCCUGUGCUUUCAAUAGCAGCUGCUCUUAGUGUACAAUCUCCCUUCACAAGUAGAGCUCAUAGAGAUCAUGAUGCAAUGAGUGCAAGAAAAUCUCUUGAAUCAGAACAUGGAGAUCCCUUUACAUUACUCAAUGCGUAUGAUGAAUGGAUACAGAUGAAAGCAUCCGGAGGUUCAUCAUCUCGUAAGUGGUGUAAAAGAAGAGGAUUGGAGGAGCAGAGGUUCUAUGAAAUGUCUAAACUCAAGAGGCAAUUCAAAGAAUUAUUGGAUACCAACAAUCUUCUUGGUGUCAAAGAUGAGAAGCGUGAAUUCUCCAGUCUUGAGAGACAAUCUAGGAAUCGAGAGAGAAAGAGAUUAAAAGAGCUGAAGAGGAAGACACAGAAUGCUACAAAAAGAAGAAAAUUACUCAAACUUGAACGUGAGGAUGUUGAUGUGAGUGAUGAAGAUGAAGAGAGUGAUGAUGAUGCUUCCAAGCUUGCAGAUAUCCAAUUCAAACUUUCCCAUGAUGUCACAGAAAUGGAGGCCAAGUCUAACAUGAAUCGCAGUCUUCUGAACCGUGAGAUCAACCUACUGAAGGUGAUACUGUGCUCUGGACUAUAUCCUCAACUGGCUAUUGCUGAUGACUGUAACUCAUACAGAAAGGAAUCUGAUCAGGUCUUCCAUACAAAGGCUAAGCCAUUUGUUGUACUUCACCCCACUGGAAUAUUCGCUAAUAACCCUGAUUUACUGGAACCUCCGGAUGGGGAUACGCUACCAGAAGAAACAACCGGGAAGAGAGGAGUGUUGAGUGCUAAACAUCAACUCCUUUCAUAUGUGUCUUUAUUAGAAACCAACAAGCCCUACUUGAUGAAUACAAUGAGAGUACCUGCCUUGCAAACCAUGUUACUCUACGCCAGGAGUCUGGAUACAAACCAGCAUUGUACAAGGCUGAUUGUAGAUGAAUGGCUAGAAUUCUGUUUUGCUGAUUCCCAGGCUGCAGAAGACAUUCUACCGGUAGUCCUUCAUCUUAGAGCUACCUGGAUGAAAGUUCUGGAAAUGAGGUUAAAAGAAUCUCAAUUUACCAACAAUUUUGGUGCAACAAAUUUGAAGGUCAUUCACCUUGAGCGUCUGUUAGCCAGGAAGCUUGCCGAAUAUCUGUCCAGUCACGUUGAAUACACAAUGAGAAAACUCAGUGGAACUGAUCUCCAACACCUGUACAUUGGACCAUCAGGUGGUGUGAUUAACAGUUCUGAUGAUGAAUUCUUCAGUACAUUCAGCAAAGAUUCAGAACCUCAUCCAACCAAAGGAGGAUGGAAAGUAACUGACUUCAUGACGUAUGGCUGUUUGAUAGAGGAUGCAUCAAACCUCGAUAGCAGCUAUACAUCGGUGCUAAGGAAACAUUGGACAUGCCCUACGUGUGAACGAGGUCUUGUUGUGACUUUGAUGGAGCGGUUACAGCACGAAGCAGAUUGCUCUGCUGGUAUUGUUGAAGAUUCCACCAAGUCAGUUGAGCUUGGUUCCCCGUCAAGUACACAAAAGCAAGGAAUGGAAUCUCUCAGAAGGCUGUAUGAAUGUUCCAUGUGUAAGGAGACAUUUUCAUUCACAUCCUCUGAAAUCAUCAAACACAAGAGGGCUCAUCUCAAAGAAAAAUCUGGGAAGCCAGACUGAAAAUGCCAUCUGUGCUCUUUUUGAUGGGUUAUACUUACAAUGAUAAACAGUAGCUGGAUUUACUUAGCACCUUUUCCAGAGGAUAGCCAGCUGUCAUUAUCCUGGCUUUAGCUGGAGCUGUCGCUUCAUCAAUAACACUCUGUGCAUUCAAGGAAUAAAUCCUGCCGGGCAACCAUUAACCUUACCCGGGUUGAGUGCAACACAAUUUACUUGCUGAAGGCAAACAAGUCCUGCCUUUCGGUAUGUGGUAUCGAGGAACAAGUCUACGUUAGUCUGGUAGGAGUAAUGCCAUGUCAGUACUAAAACAUUUUUCUGAAUUAUUGUUACUUGGGGAGAUCUCUGCAAGAAGAAUCACUGAAGCAGGUACAUCUUGUAUGGAGCAUUAUUGUGCUCAGCCAUUAUGAAUUCUGAUACCAUACAAGAUAUUUGUCUCCAAACAUCUUCCUUACCAUUAUAAUUAUCAUCACCAUCAUGCAUGUAAUUAUCACCAUCAUGUUUGUCAGUAUUGUCAUCUACACCACCAUUCCACUAUCAUCACUAUUAACAUCAUCAUCACCACCUUCAUUCCCUUCACUAUCAUCAUCAUCACCAUCAUCACCAUCAUCAUCACCAUCAUCAUCACCAUCAUCAUCACCAUCAUCACCAUCAUCACCAUCAUCAUCACCAUCAUCAUCAUCAUCAUCAUCACCAUCAUCACAAUCAUCAUCCAUCAUCAUCAUCUAUCAUCAUCACCACUAUCAUCAUCACCAUCAUCAUUACCAUCAUCACUAUCAUCAUCCAUCAUCACCAUCAUCAUCAUCACCAUCAUCACCAUCAUCAUCAUCACCAUCAUCAUCACCAUCAUCACUAUCAUCAUCCAUCAUCACCAUCAUCAUCAUCACCAUCAUCACCAUCACCAUCAUCAUCAUCAUCACUAUCACCAUCAUCACCACUAUCAUCAUCAUCAUCACCACUAUCAUCAUCUAUCAUCAUCACCAUCAUCUAUCAUCAUCACCACCAUCAUUUAUCAUCAUCAUCACCACCAUCAUCUAUCAUCAUAAUCAUCAUCUAUCAUCAUAAUCAUCUAUCAUCAUUACCUCCACCACCACCAUCAUCACCAUAUCAUUACUGCACCGAGAUUAGUUUACUUCUGUAUCCAAUUUGAGAAAAAUUUUAUAAAUGAUUUUAAUGCCUAAAAUUAUUUAAGUGUAUAGCCAAUGCGAUUGCUUGCAACAAGUUACCAAGCAAUCACAUUGCAGGCCAGCGCACACAUUGCUACAGCUCUUCAAUAUGCUGCAUCUCCAUGGCACCUCCUCUUACACAUAUGUUAUCUGCUCUGCAGCAGCGCAGCAAAUUGGUCAUGAUGCCAUUUUCUAGGACAGAGGUGAUUGGCUCAAAUAAUCAAAAUCGUACAAGAAUCGCUAGAAAAUUUGACGUCAAAUUUUCUGAGAUUUGGUGUGCGAUUCUUCUGCAGCAAAUCGGAUCGCAGUUGCAAUGCGUUGCAGGUUGGCGUACACUCUGUGAUUUUGUUGCAUCUUAGCGCAAUCGUGUCGCAUAGUGUGCGCUGGACGUAUCAUUUUAAGUAGUUACAAAACAUGUCCAUUACCAGUUGAUAAAGUAAAAUGAAUACCACUCUAGCCAUAAACUUGUUAUCAUAACAAUUUUAUUGAACACAAAGAACACAUAUGAAAUAGACAGUAAAAUACAACAAAACAUCAAGAAAAAUGCAAAUGUAUACACAUUUAUAUUUCUUUGCCAAUGUGGAUAUAUAUUUCUUUGCCAGUAUGGAUAUAUGUUUCUAUAAGUGCAAUAAAUGUGAAUUGAAAAUGCAAUAAUAU